AUGAGUGAGGAAAUCAAAAUUAAAGUAAAGCGUUCUGUUUCAUAGAGGAAAGGGAGACAACAGGCUGGCCAUAACUAGUCACUGGGAGGCUCAAUUCAGCACUAGAAUGAUAUAGUCAACAUAAAAAUCAAUCAAAGCAAAAUAAAUGCAAGUGGAGCCAAGCAAGCUUAGGCGAUGGCCUAAAGCCAGGCAUUUAAUAAAUCUAUGAUAGAAAUAUCCCAAUUAAUUUAGGGAAUGACUAUUGAUAGCAACUCUGGUUUUGGAAACCAAAGCAAUUUGACUGGUUAACACAGUUCAAAAAUGUUCUUGAGAGCACGCAAAAAUAAAAAUACAGCUCAACUGAUGAAUUAAACCAUUUCAUAUGGAGUAGGUAACAGUCAGCAGCAUCAGUCGAUGCUAAAUCAAACUGGAAUUCUUAUUAGAAAUCAUAAAAGUAGGCUAAGAAAGUAAACUAGGAGAGAACUAUAGUCAACAGUGGGAAUGACAGAUGGUAACUAAAUAUCAAUACCGAGAAAUGUUUAGUAGAGCUAUGAUCAAUCACCUUCUCCUACUAGGUUCAUUAAGUCUAAGGCUCGUAUCAAGAAUCUUAUUGCAAAAGAUAAAGAAUCCAAUAAUAAUGAAAAUACUCUAAUUGAUCAAAGCAAUUCAUCUUUGUAAAUACAUAGAAGUAAACUGGAUUAAAUUAAGGUAUCUCAAAAAUUUGCAUCAUUUGCGAGUAGGAAUAAUACCCUUAUAAAAAAAAAUAGUGCACUUACAGAACAUUCUAAUGUCUCAAACAUGAUUAUUAGACCUUAAUCAUAGUUUGGAGGUGUGGCAGGUAGAGUUCAUUAAAAAGGACAACUUGGAUAGUCCAGCUCGAUAGACAGAACUUACACUGCAGUAAAAAGUAAACAGAGAGUUCGCAUUCAAAAUAGAACUACCUUAGAUGUUAUCAACAUGAGUGUUGAGAAAUCAAUUUUAUAAGAUUAGACUUAGUAUGGUGCGAGUCAAUUAAGUAGUGCUAUCAAUAACUAAAAAAAUCCAGCAAAAGCUGCUUAUGAUAACGAGUAUAACCAAUCUCAAAUGUCUUACCUAGAUCAAUAUGUUAAGAGGGAGAAAAAUAGUCUUUCUCCAUUUACUAAACUGACAAAUUCGCAAACCAAUAGAGAAAUAAAAUCAUUGAACUAUAAACUUAUGAGAGUAAUCACCACUGAUGAUUAUCACACGAUUUUACAGCCUUUUAGACCAAAUGAAAUAGAAGUUAUUGAACAGACAUCAAUCCUAUGCAAAAUUAAUGUGAGAGGAAACAUGUCUCCUGCUAGAUUUUUUAUAACUUUCAAAAAUGAGAUGACAGCCAUGAACUAAACAAUAAGCACUGGAUCAAUUGGAAUAAAUAGACGAGUAUAAAAGCUUCCCGAUCUAAAAGUUUAUCUCUCCAGUUACCAUAAGGAACCAAAUGAGCAUCAUAAUGAAAAGUUUUUCGCAAAUUCUGGCUGGUUGCUCUAUAAUAGUGUCUGUUUCAUUUCCUUAGGAUAACAAAGAUUCUUAGCAAUUCAAGAAAAGUUAGCAAGUUCACUAGGUAUAGACUUUGCCUUUGCAAGAGGGAGAAGAAGACACUAAAAUAAUACAAUCAGACAAGGAUUCAAGAUGAUAAUUAGAGUCAUGCUCCAGAUUUUAUUAUAAAGAACAAAUCUCUUAUAUCUCAUUGGAAUUGCUUUAAGGGUGAAAGAAGAUCUUAGUUCACUGAGCAAGUGUAAUAAAAGGUUAACUUGGCAUUACAAAGAAAAGAGGAACUUGAAAUUGAAAAGCGGAAGAAAAAUUUAUUUGGCUUAUACAAAUGGGACUUUAUAAGAUAAAAAGUAUUUUGAUCGAAAUAUACUAAUGACUCAAUAUAGAAACUAAGACAUUAGAAAGAGACCGAAGAUUAAAGCGAUAUAUGAGAAGUUUUCUGACUGCAAAAGAUAAAUAGAUAUCAAACGCAGAAUGAAGUAUGCUGCGAAAUUUCUAAUGAGAAUAUCCAAGAAAUUUUUCACGAAGUUUGCUAAAACUUACUAACAGAGAGCUCAUAAAAAGGCUUAAUUGAUAAUGCAUAUUCAGCAUUCUUACAGAAACAGAUGCCAAUGCCUUGACAAUAGGAAAAAUUUCUUGAUAAGCUAUUUCGAUAAGGAAAGAGCUUUCCUGGUGAAAUUCUACAUUUAGAAAAAAUCAAAACGAUCAAAGCAUCUAGUGAAAAGAUUGAAUCUGAUUGAUUAAGAUGUUAGAGAUAAGAUACUAAAGAUAUACUUUGAAAAGUGUACCUUUGAUUACAGUGUGAAAUUCAACCAAUGGAGAAUAAAGAUGCAUGGAGAAAAUAGUGGAGUGGAUUAGGAAUCUAUGAUCACUAGGAAUGAAAUGCUACUAUAAAAGGAAUAGCUUUUGUUUUAAGGGACUGAAGUAGUGGAAGAAGAUCAAACUGCUGCUGCUUCCAAGCUAUCCUCUGGUAACUCUGGCACUAAAUCUGCUAGUGAAAGCAUUCCAUCAUCACCAUUAAGAAGAUAAAGAGUCUAGACUUUCAGGUAUAAAAAAGGAACAAGCACUAAUGAUACCAGAAAGGGAAGUGAUAUGCCUCCAAUAUUUCUAUCAAUGCCAAGCAGGGAGGUUUUGCAUAAACUUGUCAUCAAAGCAACUGAGUUUAAGACUAUUGAUGAUCUUAAUAAUACUAUUAAGUGA